CCGCAAGCAUGGAGGCAGAAGAAUCCGAGAAGGGAGCAGCUGAGCUGGAACCUCUGGAAGGGAGUGACCAGAAAUCAGAGGCAGAGGAGGAACAGGAGGAAUCCGAAGAGGCGGCUGGCGGCAGCAAGAAACGGGUAGUGCCAGGUAUUGUGUACCUGGGCCACAUACCGCCCCGCUUUAGGCCUUUGCACGUACGGAACCUUCUCAGCGCCUACGGCGAGGUCGGGCGCGUUUUUUUCCAGCCGGAAGAUGGGUUCGUGAGGCGCAAGAAGAAGGCAGCGGCAGCCCCCGCUGCGGGAGGAAAAAAGCGGUCCAAGUACAGCAAGGACUACACCGAGGGCUGGGUGGAGUUCCGGGACAAGCGAGUAGCCAAGCGUGUGGCAGCCAGUCUUCACAACACGCCCAUGGGCUCCCGCAGGCGCAGCCCCUUUCGUUAUGACCUGUGGAACCUCAGGUACCUGCACCGUUUUACCUGGUCCCACCUCAGCGAGCAUCUUGCUUUUGAGCGCCAGGUACGCAGGCAGCGCCUGAGGGCUGAGGUUGCCCAGGCCAAGCGUGAGACUGACUUCUAUCUUCGAAGCGUGGAGCGCGGACAGCGUUUCCUUGCCGCUGAUGGGGACUCUACCCGCCCAAACGUCUCCUGGGCCUUUGCCCAGCGUCCUACUGAGCAGGAGCUGAGGGCCCGGAAGGCAGCUCGGCCAGGAGGACGUGAACGGGCUCGCCUGGCUCAUGCUCAGGACCAGGCCCGCUCCAACAGAGGGCUUCUUGCCAAGAUCUUUGGAUCCCCCACCCCCUCAGAGAGCAUGGAGGACUCCUCACUGGUCAGGAACUCUUGAGGGGCAGGGAGGCCCCUUCCACCUCCUAGCCCAGCCCAGCGUCCUAUCUACCUGAUAAUGACUACCCAGGCAGACAUUUUAUUGUGUUUCUCAAACCAGGAGUGAGUGCUCAGACAUAAAAGUUUUGAAGGCCUCUCCUUCCCCCUCCAAUUCCUGUCCAUGCCUCGCUGAGGCACUUAGUUUUUACUAGCAUAAUUAUGACUACUGCACAUGUCUGUUUUGCCUUGUUUGAUUCUUGGCUACCUGCCUCCUGCCCACUGGGGCCCUCUAAAAAUCCUGCUUUCUGGCCCCAGGAAGAGCCUUUACUUUGAGCUAGACUGAUAAUGGCUAUAGUCCAGACAGCUGUUUACCCACCACAUUACUGGGCAUCAGCAACAUACUUUUUAUUUAGAAAAGAUUAAUAGGGACAGGGGUUAAUGGGUUAGAGUGGCUUGGGAGCCACCUUCCAAAUGUAUUUAUAGAAAAGAAAAAAUAUAUAUAUUUUUUACAUGCCUUUGUAGUUUAUGGGGGGUGGGGAUGGUCAUUGGAUAAGUUCCAACUUCUGUCUGUGUCUCAUUCACUCACCUUUACUCCAUCUCCUGGUCUCAGACCCCCCCACUCCCCCCGAAUUCAACCUGGAUCCUUUUCUAUGUAUAAAAUCAAUUUCUUAGGCCAUGUUAUUAAUAGUUAUCUAAUUCAGCAUUUACUAAGUCGCUGUAUGAGGACACAGAGUGACAGUGGUUCACAUGGCCCUUGGUGUAAGUCUUAUAGACCAGGGGUCCCCAACCCUUGGGCCUCGGACCGGUAUUGGCAGCACAGCAGGAGGUGAACGGUAGGCAAGCGAGCGAAGCUUCAUCUGCCGCACCCCAUCACUCACAUUGCCGACUGAACCAUGCCCGCACCCCACCCCGCCCCCAUCCAUGAAAAAAUUGUCUUUCACGGAACCGGUCCCUGGUGCCAAAAAGGUUGGGGACCACUGUUACAGACCACUUAAAAAAACAUAAAUGUUUAGAAAAUAAAUGCACAGAAGUACUACAGGCAUCAUGGUGGAUGUGUAUAGGGGUAGAGUGGGGCCAUGGGAAGGCAUGGGUGACUCUGGGAGGGGAAGCAAUGCUGUCAAUGUGGAGCUGAUUUCUGAUCAGAGGCUUCUGACAUGGGUCAGUUUUCACCAGGUUUUUCAGAUCAUUCCUGAAAAGUGAACAGAAGUCUGAAAGAGCCUAGUGUAUUCCUAUAACUGAAAACAAAGCUCCGCGGAUGUAGUGUUGGGUUCAAACCAUUGUAAAGGUAGGCAAAGCCUAGGAGGUGUACACAUGAUGUUCCUCUGGUGCACGUAUACAUGUUGUCUACGCUUAGAUGAGAAAGUUCGUAAGCAACAUGCAAAGCAGCUCUGGAGGUGACAAAGAAUCCGUGUGAGCCACUAAGGGGAACUGAAAACUGAGGUGUUACAAUAAACUGAGAAAAAUCUACACACAGCCUCAUAAUAGAUUAAAACUCUGGUCAGUACCAGGCUUUUAAACUUACAGGAGGUGUUAGAGUGAUAAUAAUAAAUAAUUUGAGUUUUGCUUGUGCUGUGUUUGUUUUUUUGUUUUUCCCUUCACUGUCAUCAGUAUAAUUAUCCAUGUGUUCUUUGCAUGAAGUGGAUUCAUCCACUUUGGCUCUAAAAUAACUUAGCCAUGUUAAGAUCUCAAUUUGAGAGGUGCAGUUUAUUUG